AGGUCCAGGGCAAAGGCUCGGAAUCACGUUGAAUAAAGCAAGCAGCAGCAGCGAUUUUUCCUUGGUCUCCAAGCAUGCGCGUCCAGUAUAUAGAUGAGACUAGUGGGACUGGGAGUGUGUUUGUGCUGGUGCUGUAGCCUGUAGCUCCCUCUCUUUCUCCUUCCAUGGCCACCGAAAUACACGACGAUGGCGAUGACUUGGCGCAACUUCUCCAGACCGCCACCGGGGCGAACGGCCAGAGGAACGGCGCCGUCGCAGUGUCGCCGGAGAUGAGCUCGGCGUUGUCCCUGUUCAUGCUCGACCCGUGCGAGCGGGAUGCAGUCUUGGCCUGGGAAGCGCUGGAGCGAGGGGAGACCAAUUACAGGGCUCUCGUCGAAAUCUUUCUUGGUCGAAAGUCGAGCCAUAUCCAGCUGAUCAGGCAAGCUUAUCAGAGGAAAUUCAGGAGGCAGUUGGAGCAAGACAUCAUCAACAUCGAGCCUCCUCAUGCUUUCCAAAGGAUUCUUAUAGCACUCGCCACGUCCCACAAAGCACACCAAGCAGAUGUUAGCCAACACCUCGCCAAGUGCGACGCUCGCAGGCUCUACGAAACCGGCGAGGGAAACUCGUCGGGAGCGAUCGAAGAAGCCGUCGUGUUGGAGAUAGUGAGCAAGAGGAGCAUUCCCCAGCUAAAGCUCACAUUUUUGAGCUACAGGCAUAUUUAUGGACAUGAUUACUCCAAGUCACUCAAGAAAGAAGGCGCCACGGAAUUCGCCGACGCUUUCCGAAUGUUUGUGAAAUGCAUCUUCAACACGCCGAAAUACUAUGCCAAGAUGCUACACACGAGCCUUAAGGGAACUGCCGUCGAUAGGAGUGCAUUAACACGAGUGAUGGUGAGUCGGGCGGAGCUCGACAUGAGCGAGAUACAAAGAGCUUUCAAGAGAAAAUACGGUGUGGAGAUCCAGGAAUGCAUUUGCCAGAGCAUAGCGUGUGGGGAUUACAGAGACUUCCUGGUUGCAAUGGUCACCAAAACACCUCCUGCCGCAUCAAGUUCCAACCUUCUCCGUGGUCCGAAUCAAAAAAGUGAUUAGGACAGACUGUGGAAUUCCAUUGUGGUUGUAAUUGGGCAUGUGUAGAGUCGAUUAGAUUGUGCUAAGUAUCUAACAGUGCAGUAUAUUAAGCGGGAUGGCCAAAGAUUCACGUUGUCUCUCUA